AUGGCCUCGAACGAAGCCGAUCCCCAUGGCGGCGUCCCCGCCGCUGCCGACCGUCCGGCUUUCAUCCCCCUCGAAGCCAAUCCCGAACUCAUGACCAGCCUCCUCCACAAGCUCGGCCUCUCGAAUACCCUUCAGGUCCACGACGUCUACUCCCUCACCGACCCAGAUAUGCUCGCCUUCAUCCCGCGCCCCGCCCUGGCUUUGCUGAUGGUCUUCCCCGUCUCCGCCGCCUAUGAAUCGGCUCGCCUAGCUGAGGACUCUCUCCUCGAAGACUACUCAGGCAAGGGCCCCCAAGAGCCAGUCCUCUGGUUCCGCCAGACGAUCCGCAACGCCUGCGGCCUGAUGGGCCUGCUCCACGCGGCCGUCAACGGGCCGGCCCGCCAGCUUGUGGAGGAGGGUUCGACCCUGGACAAGAUCAUCAAGGACGCGACGCCACUGGACCCUAUCGGGAGAGCUAAGUUGCUGGAGAUGAACGCUGAUUUGGCCAAUGCCCACAAGAGCGCCGCGACCCAGGGCGAUACCAUGGCACCGGCUGCUACGGACGAUGUCGAUUUGCACUAUGUCUGCUUCGUCAAGACGGAGGACGGGGGCUUGUGGGAGCUGGACGGAGGCAGGAAGGGGCCGCUCAAGAGGGGCCAGCUGGAAAAGGAUGAGGAUAUUCUCAGCCAAACGGCCUUGACGCUGGGUCCGCUCAAGUUCUUGGAGAGAGGAGGCGGUGACUUGAGGUUUAGCUGUGUGGCACUUGCCGGCAGCUUCGAUUAG